CAUAUGAUGAACCUGUCGAGAAAUCAGAAGCAUUAUUCCUUUCUAAAAUAUUUGGGCCAAAGCCAAUCACUAACAUCCAGAAUUAUGGGGCAAGGAUUUACUACAAUACACUAGUGCCUUGUAACGGCAGGGUUAUCAAAUAUGGUGUCAUUAGCACAGAUGUCCUAAUUGAAGAUUUGCUUCACUGGAAGACUCUCUAUGUAGCUGGGCGCCUACAAAAGCCGGUCAAAAUCCUUACACAGAAUGAGAAUGUGAAGUUGCAGUUUGCCCUUGCUAGCAAUUUGAAGAGUGCCAUCACAGCUGCUUUUCUUAUGCUGCCUGAAAGUUUUUCUGAAGAGGAUCUUUAUAUGCAGAUUGCUGGACUCUCAUAUAGUGGUGACUUCAGAAUGAUAAUUGGAGAAGAUAAAGCAAAGGUUAUGAACAUAGUAAAGCCAAACAUGUUACAUUUUCAGAAGCUGUAUGGUAACAUAUUGGAAGAUUGUCCUCAAGUGGUGUACAAGCAUCAGAUGGGCAGGCUAGAGAUAGAUAAGAGUCCAGAAGGUCAAUUUGCACAGCUAAUGGCUCUCCCAAGGACACUGCAGCAGCAAAUAACUUCUCUCAUGGAUCCUCCAGGGAAGAACAGAGAUGUUGAAGAAAUUUUAUUGCAAGUCGCCCAUGACCCUGAUUGUGGAUUAGUGGUACAUCAGGGCAUUUCAGGAAUUGUGAGAGCGUCCAGUCUAAUUCAGACUGCUAAAACCGCCUUAACAGCUGGGAUGAAAAAGUCGGUGACUUACAGCAUGAAAAAACUUUACAAAAUGACAAAAGGAUGGCUGAGGAAGACAUGAUGACUGUAGGUUUAUGCAACUGAUAUUCUUGUGGAUAAACGCUAUCCCAGUUCUACAUGUUGCAUCAUCAUGCCUUGGAAAAUUUAAGACUAUGCAGAAACAUGUUUGUGCUAUUUAUAUACAGACAGUCUUGAAGAGAAGAUAAACAGAGAUCUUCAUUUUCUGUUUCCUUGAAGAAUAUCUGGAGGAUUUCCCCCCAAUGCCUCUUAGAACAGUUUGUUUUCUACCUUUACAGAAUCAACUGGUUUUAAGUGUGAGCUGUGUAACUGUUGUCAUUUUUCACUCCUUCAGAAUGUCCUCCCUUGCAUGUUGUGACAUUUUUUAGUUCUCUCUGGUAUUUUUUUCUGUCAGCUUUUCUGCAGGGGUAAUUCUUUGUUCUUUCAUCUUUGACUACACCAAAAGCUCUCAAUGGUCUACUCACACAGCUUUAAGAAACACAGAAAUUGCUGGAUUGAAUUCCUGUCCUUGUAGCCCUCUGCUGUGCAGAGUGGUGUGUCAAGUACCGAUGGAAAAAGGUCAGCCUUUUUUUAAAAGGCAUAGUUGACAGCAACAUGAUUCACAGCCAAAUAUUGAUGAGUGGGUCAUAUUUCAAAACAAGGUCGGGUUAUAGUUGAGCUUCUGUGUCUGAUAAUGUGUGUAUAGGGGUGUGUGGAUACAUAAUUUAAGCCUUCUUGUGUACUGCCACUUCAGAGGGCUUUUAAUGUCAGCCUCUGGUUAAAAUAAGGGGACAAUUUUCUUGUUACAAGUUGCUUUCAUUCCUCACCAACCUAAAUGUAUGAAUAUCAGUUAUCGACACUCGAAGACAUCAAAGCUGAUGUGGCUAAUUCUCUAAUUAAUGACACACAGCCAUCAGUAUUGCACUAUAUUAUUAGAGGGAUUCAAAUAAUGGCAUUAGUCCUAAUAUCUGUUGACUUCAAUGAGGAAUCUUGUAUUUGUUUCCCUUGGGUUGUUUAUUUUUUUGUUUUUCCCACUACAUGUUCUCCUCCAUGAUAAAAGUGUUUUGUUAAGAUUUUUUUUUUUAAAUUUGCAAGAUGUUUACCACAGAGAAAUGGGCAAAGGCAUUAAGAUGUAUGUGGGGGUUUCUGCUGGUGACAGCUGAAUGCAAAGAGAACAUGGCAAGACUGAACCCGAGAAAUAAGAAGAUGGUUCUCUUACAAGUUAAACCAUGAUAAAUAGUUGUAGAUUCUUUUUUAAUUAAAAAGCUUAGAAGAUCUUUGCUUCACAAGUCAUUUUAAUUUGGUUACAGUACAGUAAAACCUCUAACUUAUGGGCUUAAGGGAAAUCACUACCCAGCAUAUAUGUGGAUUGGAGGUCCAAUUGGUACAUGUACUUGAAAACUGGUAAUAGCAUUACUUCUAGGAAUAAUAUAAAUUUAAAUGGAUUUAGUAAUGUUAAAAAGGUAAUCAUUAAGAGAACAACAUUUCAUAAAAAUAAUAAAAUUGUUUUGUUCAUGCUGUGGAAGUUGCCAUGUCGAAAUGAAGGGAAACUUGAAUUAUUUCUGUAUUCUUUCCGUGAUCAGCACUAGAAGAAACUACCGUGUGUUUUUAGCUGAGAAUGAUGGGAAGUGUAGUUAAAUACUUCUGGAAAGGAAAAUGGGGAAAAACAGGACUAACCAAACCUGUAGGCAGAGGUUCAUAACAGAGGAAGUGAGCUUCUUGAAAUCUACUGUUUACACUUUGGACAUGAACAUUUCUAAGAAGCAAUUUGCUGGCCAUCUCACAGUGUGAAUAGAUACUGUAGGCUAAAAACUGCUGUGCUGUUUUCUGAAUGGUAGAUGUGCACUCCAGAAUGUUGUUACCUCUUGCAAAAUCCUAAAUAUUAGAGCUUUCUGGCUCACUUUACCAAACAAUCACAGUCUGAUUUAGAUAUGUGCCAACUGAUUUUAAUAAAAUAGAAUUUACUAUGUUAUGGCACCAGUCCGCAAACCUUAGCACAUACCCAAGUUUAGAGUGGGGUGGCAGGAGUAAUUUUCUCAUAUGCAGUUUCUGAUAAGACAUUUGCAUUUAUCAUUGCUCUGCUUGAAGAAGGGGGUAUAGCUCAGUAGCAAAGCCCAUGUAGACAGGUUCAACCUCCAGUAUCUCCCAGAAAGGCUGUGAAAAGCCUAUCUUUGAAAACUUGCACAAAUACUGCUAGAGAAGAGCAGAACAGAGGAUGGUGCUUACAGGAGUUGUAGAAAGCACUUUAGGAAGAAAGCAUUUUAGGGAGGUUGAAUUACAAUUUCAGAAGAUACUGGAAUAUUUAGAACUGAUGAGUUUGUCUGUCCCCAUCAUAGGUUAUCUACUGGGGAGACCUAAACUAUUUUACUGUUGGACCUGAAUCAGGAGUCAAGCAGAAGUGUGUGGGUCAGGGGGAUAGUCUCAUCCAAACCUUUCUGAAAGUGAGCUGCCACCACCCAUUCAAGUACCUUGCUAGUUGUCACAUGCUGACAGAUCUUGUGACUAAAUGCAUCUGAGGAAGUAGACUUAAGUCUAUGAAAGCUUAUGCUGCCAACGUCUUUAGUUAGUCUCAAAGGUGCUACAAGAUCUCUCUACAUACAGAUCAUGUGACUGUUGUGAGUCCAAGAGACAUCUCAAGAUGUGGCAGUGCUUAACUGUAGAAAGUAUAUGGAAACCAGUCAAGAGGCAACCCUACAGAAGAAAGCUUUUUGAGCCUUAUUGCUUCAGGCAAAGGAUGCAUAUGGACUGUAAAAAUAAUACAUUUUGAUGCCACUUAGUGCUGUAGCUCCAUCCUAUGGAAUCCUAGGAUUUGUAGUUUUACAAGGUCUUUAGCAUUCUCUGCCAAAGGGUGUUGGUACCUCACAAAACAACAACUCCUAGGAUUCUGUAUCCAUGACAGUUAAAGUGGUGUCAAACUGAAUUAUUUCUACAGUGUAGAUUCACCCUAAGAGAAAUGCGGUUGAACUGAAAUCCAUAUGAAGAAGAAAUAUUGAUUUUUUAAUAUAUAUUGGUGAAUGACAUUCUUGUUUUGGAAAUUUCUUUUGAGAGCCUAUACUUCCACCUCUCCAGAUGGGUACCUGCCCUCCUUUCUUUGUUGGUGAAUACUUCUUGUCUAUGAACAUAUAUCUCUGCAUUUUAUAACUGUAUUUUGAAUAAUAAAAUUGCUGUAUUUUUUUAAAGGGA